AUGUUCAUGAAAAUGAACGCAAUCAAUCACAUUCGAGGUGCACCAUAUCACCCAGCCACUAAUGGUCUCGCGGAAAGAGCAGUGCAAACUGUGAAAGGAGCCCUCAGAAAAAUGAGUGGACCCCUUCAGACGAGAUUAGCAAGGUUCUUGUUGAGUUACCGUACAACUCCACAAGCUACCACAAAUCAGUCACCGGCAGAAUUGCUCAUGAACCGAAAGUUGCGUACUCGCAUAUCUUCUGUUCUGCCUGAUGUGAACGCAACCGUUGAGAAGAAGCAAUUCUCACAGACCGCUCACACUUCUCGCAAACUUCGCGAAUUUAAGAUAGGAGAAGAAGUCCUUGUGAGAAAUUACGGGCGAGGUAACCAAUGGCUACCCGGAAAAGUAGUCGAACGUAACGGUCCGGUAUCCUAUGUAGUAAAUGUCAAUGCCAAUGGCUCGACACUGAGAUGGAAACGUCAUGUUGACCAACUGCGAAGUCGAAUCUCGACUUCAUCAACCUCGAACGACGACACCGUCCCGACACACGAAGAUGACGUUAUCAUCCGUGAUAACGAGAAUGAUGAUCGCGAUGUCAACGAAGAUCAGAUAGACAUUCGCGCCGACCGUGAAGACGAUCCUGAAGUCGAACACGAUGACGGUAUAAAGCAUUAUCCUAGACGAGAGCGGAGAAAACCAAACUAUUAUGGUUUUUCGUAA